CUUAGAUGCAAAAGAAUGCGGAACCGCCGAAGACCGAAAAUUACUGAAACAAUUCAAGAAUUGGUCAACUUAUUGAAUAUGCAAGAGCACAGUGAAUACUCCACAACAAUACAGGAACCACCAUCAGCAUUCUUCCAACAGGCAUUAAUUUUGGAAGGAGUGUAUGUAGGAGCCAUUUUUGCCAAUAUACAUUUCAUUCAAAGAUUCAGCGAGGAAUUUCAAUUAGUCAAGUCUGCAGGAUGUGAUGGCACCUUUAAAACGGUUCCAAGUACACCCAAACAAUUGAGAAGAGGAUCCUUAAUGACGUUCCAUGUUGUGUACAAAAAUGUUUCUUUCCCGAUGGUGUAUGCACUCUUAACCAGUGCCACAGAAGAGACAUAUAUUGCAUUCUUUCAAAUAGUCCGUAAUUUACUUCCAUUGAAUUAUGGUAAUUUAACAAUCAUUACUGAUUACGAACGUGGGUUGAUGAAUGCAGUUACAAUAGUGUUUCCUGAAAGUCGGUUACAAUGUUGCUGGUUCCAUUUUCUGUUCAAGUAA